AUGAAUGCUUUUAAACUCGAUGAUGAAGCAUUGAAUGACACACACGAGCUCUCAUUCAAUUUCCCAGCAGAGGAUAAUAACAGCCAAACUUCUGUAUCGUACGUUAUUAAUACGAAUGCAUCUCCUGUAUCCGAACACAAGAUCGUCAUGGAUUGUCCAACAGAAUGUAAGGUUUUAAACGACACUGUGAAGAAUCAAUUUGAAGUAAAAGAAUGUGAAAAUUUAUGCGGAAGUGAAAAAACAGAAGCAUCAAACAAUAUCGAUGAAUAUGAUCAAAUAUUCGAUUUGGAUCACGAAAAUCCGUCUUAUUUUAAUUCUAGUAUAAACGAUUGUGAUGUUUCCAUUUACGAAUAUUUUGAUUGCAAUGACAAGACAAUUCAGGAAGAAGAUUCCGAAGAUAUAGAGAAAACAAUUCAAAAUCAAUUUUUAACGGAUGAUCAACAUACAAAUUCUUUGAACAAUUUAACAGAAUUUCGAGAUAGUCUUAAUAUUGAUUCGAUGCAUGAAAAAAUAUGUCGAAUAAGAUAUGAGAAAGAAAAAUUCAUGGAUUCAGGAAUCUCUACUAAUGAACUAAUUGCUGAGAAUUUUAUUAAUUCGCAGAAUAUUCCUAACGAUGUCACUUGUAAAAUUAUUGAAAAAGACACAAAAAAUAAAGAGAUAAAGCUUGAAGCACAGAAUGUUACAUGUAUAAAUAUUGAAGAUUCUCUUCAAGAAGAAUUAGACAUGAAAAACUUAUCAGUUUCAACAAUAGAAUCUGGUAACUAUUUUAUAAGUGAUAACGAGAAUUAUUUUAAAAAUGACAUCGAGCUCUCGAAAUGUAUGGAAGAGAACGCGAAUCAUAUGUUAAAUAUAUGUAACGAAAAAGACAGUAUCGAAGAAACGAUUACAGAGAUGAAGAAAAUGGAUAAAAUAAUCAAGAAUCUUUUAUACACUAGUGACGACGAGCAUUACGAUUCGACGGAGGAACGAAUGAUAGAAGAUUUAUCUGCGACGGAGGAACGAAUGAUAGAAGACUUAUCUGCAAAAAUGGAAGACGAUUGCGAUGACGUAAUGAAGAAAAUUAUCGAAAGUUGCUGUCACGCCGCAGAUUUUCAGCAACGUUCAACGAUAUGUGAAAUCUCGAGUGCAGAUUCCAUACAACCAAGUAGCAAACGUGUAAUUAAGGAAUUUCGAGAAAACGAAUUUUUCCCAUGUCGUCGCGUCGUUUCCGAGACUGCCAUAGCGAAAGAAGAUAUAUUGAGAACUAUCGAGGAAGCAGAGAAAAUAUUAACUGACAAUCCAUAUUGGGAAAAGUCAGAGGCAAUUGUUAAUCAGAUAACUGAAAAUUAUGACAAAAACAAUUCGUCGGAAAAAUCUGCGGAAGAAGUAAGAGAUGAUAAAGAGCAUGAAGGAAUAAAUGAAACAAUAAGUCAAAAAGAAAUCGAUUUUAUUGAGACUAAAGAUAACAAGAUAAAUUCAGUAAAUACGAUUGAAAAUAUUGCGGCCUCGAAGUCUGAUGUUGUUGAAGAUAAUUUGCAAAAAUUAGCUGAAAUUACAUAUUCAGGUCGUCUUAGAUCACGCAUCGAGAUUCGGGAAAUUUUGGAGAAGAUAGCUGAAGAAAAGAAGAAAAUAGAAAAUCGUAAGAAUGAAUCGCUAGAGACACUAUCGAAGAAAUUCGAGGAAAUUGACAAACUCGUUGCUGAUCAUAAUUAUACUUUUCUUGGAUCUGAUAAUGAUGAUUCUUAUGAAUUAAAAACUCCAGAGAAUGUCGUCAAUAAUUUUGACAGUCUCGACGAGUUUCAGGUUCAGAUUGAUCCAAAAAAUUUCGAAGUUCCUUUAACGAAGCCCGAAAUAGCUGAAAAAUUGAAAAUCGAGGAAUUAGAAAAAGAACUGGAGGAUGAAAUAAAAGAGCACAAGAAACUUAUGGAUGAAUAUCAAAAAAUUAUUGCGACGGAUUUAGAGAAGAUUCAAUUGACUUUGGAGUCGGAAUCAAUGCAAGCUUACAAUGACGCGGAUAUCGAUAAAGAAAUAAAAAAUAAAUCUAAAGACGACGAAAAAAUAAGUGAGGAAUUUUCAAAUGAAAUAUUAGAAAUGACAGAUGAUACAACGGUGGCUAAAACUGAUUCGGAAUCCGACGAUUUUUUUAUGGAAGAGUGGAAGGAACCUGAAAGAACGUACAUUAAAGGAAAAGUCUAUGACUUUGACGAAAAAAAGCAUGGCGUUAGGAUGACGGAAGAACUCAUCAGGAAGCACUGCAAGGAGCACAAGUUGUAUCAAACCCCGUAUUUGAACGACGUUCUGUAUUUGCAUUACAAAGGAUUUUCCUUCAUCGAGAACCUCGAGAAAUACACGGGUCUAAAGUGUUUGUGGCUAGAGAGCAAUGGUAUAUACGAGAUUGCCAAUUUAGAAAAUCAGAGCGAACUUAAGAGCUUAUAUCUGCACCACAACCUUAUCAGCAAAAUCGAGAAUCUCGACUGCCUGCCGAAGCUCGACACCCUGAAUCUCUCGCACAACACGAUACGGAGGAUCGAGAAUCUCGGUGACUCGAGUCGUGAAGCGGACGGCCUCAAGUUCCUGAACAACCUGAACCUGUCGCACAACUAUCUACGAGAAACCGCUGACAUCGAGCAUCUCCGUCUGCUGCACACGCUCUCGAUCUUGGAUAUCUCUCACAACAGGAUCGACACCUGCGACAUCGUUGACAUUUUGGGAGACAUGAAGUCGCUGCGCGUUGUAACGUUGAGUGGCAACCCAGUGCUAAAACAGAUAAAGAUGUAUCGCAAGACGAUGAUCCUUAAAUGCAAGAAUCUUCAAUAUCUAGACGAUCGACCGGUGUUCCCACGCGAUCGUGCCUGCGCCGAGGCCUGGAUGCGUGGCGGUAUCGACGAGGAGGUGGCCGAGAGGAAUCGGUGGUUCCAAGCGGAGCAGAAGAAAAUCAACGACAGUGUUAUGGGUGAGUUAAAAGAUUCGUUACUCGAAGCGAGCCUCGAAAUGGCCACCCCUUUGAUUCCUCUCACCUGUUCGGUUCCUCUGGUCUCGGUUUUUGUUUACCUGUCGAACGUUGCGUCCGCCCUCGAAAGCCCUGAUAAACAAAAGGAAGCUGUGCAAACCGGUCGGGACGUCCGAAAAGGAGGCGACAGAUAAGAAGAAGAAGGAGA